AUUCUGAUUUGAUAAUUCGUUGUCAAAAAGGUUAUUUUCAUUCCAUACACAUAAAAGUGCACAUAAAUUCGCAGUUUUUCACUUUAAAACCACAAAAAUCAUUAUUCUUUCUCUAUGUAAAACAAAAUGUUUUCACUUCAAAAUCAAAAUCAGGCAUUUGCAACACUCACGCAAUUCUCAGCUAAAAUAACAACAAGGCAUAACGUUUAUUUGAAGAAAAAAUCUGAAAAAGCUAACCAAUCAAAAAAUAUACUUUGCAUAGACAGUUUUGUGGAAGCAGUAAAGAACUGUGAUUUUUCUUUUGCUCGACAUCUGAACACAAAGAAAUUAUUUGAUAAUCAUUUUUUAAACAAUUUUAAAAUCUCCUAUGUAUCCAACGAAAGUUUCUUUGAAAAUAAGCAUGGUUUUUCAGAGAAGGAUUUGAAAAAUUGUGUCCCUACAAUAGUAAUUAAAGAUAAGAAAAUAUUACACGUCCCUUAUGGCUUUUAUCAGAAAUUAGUAUCUGGGAUAUUAAAUAGUAAUCACUAUACUUUUAAUAUACAAUUCAGAGGCUUUAAGACUGAACGAAGUGUAAAAGCUGAAAUACAACGUAAUCCGUCUUUAGCAACUAGAGUUAAACAUGCAUUUGGACUUCAAUCCCCAGAAAACUUAGAAAACAAGUUGGGGGGCAACACCACCACAGCUAAUGCAGGGAAAUUAAAACAAAUGUUAAUUACCGAUGAUACUCUAAAUGAAAGUGAAAAGCAACGGAUAAAAAUUGCUUUUGCUGAAGGCUAUCUACUUGGAAACAAUUCAAAUUCAAGAGCUGGAAAAUCUUCAAAGUACUUCAAACUUAUUACACAAAUUUUAACAAUUUUUAUAUUUUUAGCAAUUGUCGUAAGUUUGAUGGCCAGUGCCAGUGGAUCGGUUUUUAGAAUUCAGUUAGGAAAUCAAGUUGAGGUCGAUCCUGAAGAAAUUCAUGUAACUUUUGAAGAUGUAAAGGGUGUCGAUGAAGCCAAACAAGAACUUAAGGAUGUUGUAGAAUUUCUUAAAAAUCCUGACAAGUUUUCUAAUCUAGGUGGGAAGCUACCUAAAGGUGUCCUGCUUGUUGGUCCACCAGGUACUGGGAAAACACUUCUGGCAAGAGCUGUUGCUGGUGAGGCUGGUGUUCCUUUUUUUCAUGCAGCUGGACCCGAAUUUGAUGAAGUUUUGGUUGGACAAGGUGCUAGACGUGUUAGAGAUUUAUUCAAAGCUGCCAAGAAAAGAGCACCAUGUGUAAUUUUCAUAGAUGAAAUUGAUUCAGUUGGUUCUAAACGUACUAAUAGUGUACUGCAUCCCUAUGCCAAUCAAACAAUAAAUCAAUUGCUUAGUGAAAUGGAUGGUUUUCAUCAAAACGAGGGCGUAAUUGUAUUAGGAGCUACAAAUAGACGUGAUGAUUUAGAUCAGGCCCUGCUAAGACCAGGAAGGUUUGACGUUGAGGUUACCGUUCCGACACCAGACUAUACUGGCAGAAAAGAAAUACUUGGUCUAUAUUUAAGUAAGAUCUUGGCAAAAGAUGUUGAUUUAGAAUUAUUGGCAAGAGGAACAACAGGAUUUACAGGAGCAGACUUGGAGAAUUUGGUUAAUCAAGCUGCUCUGAGGGCUGCUAUAGACGGUGCCGAUUAUGUGAGUAUGAAAUACCUGGAGUCUGCCAGAGACAAAGUCUUAAUGGGGCCAGAAAGGAGGUCUCGCAUACCCGACGAGGAGGCAAAUCUCAUAACCGCAUAUCACGAGGGCGGACAUGCUAUCGUAGCAUAUUUCACGAAAGAUAGCCACCCCCUGCACAAAGUGACGAUCAUACCCCGAGGACCUAGUUUAGGCCACACCGCUUACAUUCCUGAAAAGGAGCGAUACCAUGUUACAAAAUCUCAAUUGCUUGCCAUGAUGGACACCAUGAUGGGUGGUAGAGCUGCGGAGGAGUUGGUAUUUGGGCCUGAAAAAAUUACUUCAGGGGCUAGUUCCGACCUACAACAAGCGACUUCCAUUGCUACACAUAUGGUUAAAGACUGGGGUAUGUCGGAGAAAAUUGGUCUGCGUACGAUGGUAGACAAUCCUAAGAGCUUCCACGGAGAGACUUUGGGGCCUUCAACAAAUGAAAUGGUGGAUAGUGAAAUUCGAAGAAUUUUGUCAGAAAGUUAUGAUCGAGCCAAACAUAUUCUAAAAUCCCACGCGAAGGAACACAAAGCUUUAGCAGAAGCGUUGAUGAAAUACGAAACGCUGGAUGCGGAAGAUAUAAAGGCCAUUAUGGCAGAUAAAACUACAGAAAAGAAAAAGCUAUAGGUUCUCUAUUAUACAAAAUAUGAUAUAUAAUAGGAUAUUUUGUUGUUAAUAUAUUUUGUUACAGUAAAAAAAUCUGAUUUUAUAACCACAACGGCUGAUUUGUAAAUACCUUAAUUUUUGAAGUAUUACUCAAAUAUGGUUCUUGUAAAUAUGACAAUUUUAGAUGAAAAUGUAAUCAGGCCUUUUGUGACUUAAAAUAUAUUUAAUAUUUAA